GCUUCUCCAGUGGUCGCCAGUGAGCUAGUAGAUAGUGUCUGAACCUGCAGCAGCUCGAAGUGGUGUGUGCUUGCCUCUGAUGCACAUGCUGGGAUAGUGUCCUCAACUGCAGCCACAGACCAUGAACUGCAAUCGUCGUCUAUUAGAGCCGAAUCCGAGUUGUCCGUGAAGUCAAGAGGUGAUGAUCGUGAUGUUCAUUUUCCGGGGGAAAGCUCCAUUUUUGAGGUUCAGGUUAAGGCCUACUUGUUAGACCCACAUCCUCGUCUCUCCUGAAUCGCAUCGUGAUGGCUGAAUAUCAGCAGCAGUCUGGCACUGGAGUUGGGGCACUUCCUUCCGUGGUUCAAGGAUUACAAGGGGCUGAAGCGAAUGCACUGCAGCUCAGAAUAAAGAACUCAAUCUGCAAAACCGUACAAUCAAAGGUGGAUUGCAUUUUGCAAGAUGUGGAGAAGCUUACAGACAUUGAAAAACUCUACCUCUAUCUCAAGUUGCCUUCUGGACCCAGCAGUGGCAAUGAGAAAAGUGAGCAGAGCUCCAUGUCAUCAAGUCGUGCCCAGCAGAUGCACGCAUUUAGCUGGAUUCGUAACCACCUUCAGGAGCAUCCCGAAACCUCGCUGCCUAAACAGGAAGUCUUUGAUGAGUACAAGAGUUAUUGUGAUAGCCUGGGGUAUCAUGCUCUCAGUGCUGCAGACUUCGGAAAGAUCAUGAAGAAUGUCUUUCCCAACAUGAAGGCGCGUCGACUUGGCAUGCGAGGCAAAUCCAAAUAUUGCUAUAGUGGACUGAGGAAAAAGUCUUUUGUGCACAUGCCCUCUCUUCCCAACUUAGAUCUUCACAAAUCAGGUGAUGGGUGUGAGGUGUUUGAGCCUACUGGUCAGCUGUUUUGUGAAGAAGAUGAUGUGCGCAUGGCCUCAUGUGGUUUGGUGUGCGAAUGGGCACAGAAAGUGCUAAGUCGCCAGUUUGACAGCAUUGAGGAUCUGGCACGGUAUCUUCUGAACAGCCACUAUAUUGGAACGAAAUCUGUUGCUGCACUUACUGUGAUGACCGGUUCCCCCUCAGGAGCAAAGAUGUCCUUGCAGUCAUCUGCAUUUGAUUCCUCGGCUGAUGCACACUCAUUCCAGCCUCAGGUUAAAACACUGGUCUCACCCUCUGUAGAUGCUAAACAGCAGUUACAGAGGAAGAUACAGAAGAAGCAGCAAGAACAAAAGCUACAUUCUCCACUCCCAGGUGAAUCUCAGGCCAGAAGGGCAGAUGGGGUCACAACUCCUGGGGCAGGGACAUGCAUACCCUGUGGAAGUCCUGCUCUUCUCACACCUCAGCCUAUUGGGAUUGUGGUGGCAGCCGUUUCCAGCCCCAUCACGGUUCAGAAGAGUAGGCAGUUGAUGUCUCCUAGCCCUGUUCCUGUAGCUGCUGCAGAAAGCAAAGUUCUACCUGUAAAUUUUCAGGUGGUUACCCAGCCUGUGAAGCGGUGCCCAAAGACUCCUCAAAAUUUUCGUGCUAGUCCAGUCAGCGACCGGUCAGCCCGUCACCGGUAUGCCCAAAUCCUGCCCAAACCAUCUGCCUCUAGUGGCAUAACCAUGCGCUCACCAACCCUUCUCAUCACUAACAACCCCAUCAAGACUGUAAUGUCAGCUCCCCACGUUAGUUCGGUCAAUGUGGUCAAGAUGACGACCAUAUCUCUGGGGUCCAGUGGCAGUGGGAUCAGCACACCAGUAGACACACCUAUUAGUAACAAAGUCAGGCCUGCAUCUGCUGGAGUUGCCAGCCUCAGCGAUGAUCUUCAACCAGUUACACGUGUUCGCAGUGGGUCAAUAGCUGCAAUACCUUCUGUUUUGGCAAGGCCAGGGCGCUCAACUACCACAACACCCAUCAUUGACACCAAGACAAAUACUAAAGCCAUAAUUGGGAGAGGUCAAUCACAAGGUGGUUCUAGUAGGCUGGCUGCUGCUCAGGAAGCCACUGGUGGUGUACAGCAUUCAGGAUUGCUCAAACCUAGAGCGGCUAGCGUACCCACUACUUUGAACACUAUAACAGGGACCAAAUGCAAUGGAAGGACAUUCCCUAGUGGCAAAACUCUGGCUGCUGGCAGCAAUAAUAACUCCAACACUAAUAACAGCACUUUGUACCAAAACAAAGCAAAUCAGAACACAAUCAGAAUUCAGUCAGUCAGUGGUAAUGCAGCUAUGAUGUCACCCAAAGAUACAGUGUUUGCAUCCAAGAGCCCUCACAAGAGACCUGGCUUAUACACUGAUUUGAGCCCAACACCUAUUAAAAAAGCCCUCAUCUCUCAACUACCAGCAGGUGGAUCUGAUGUACCUAAGCCAGAUAUAGUGGGGAAGCAAAUUUCAAGAUCGUUUACUCCAGUCAGGCCAGAAAGUGCACCUUUCACAGCAACAGGCAAAGCUACUGCAGCUCAGGUAAGGACUACUGGGUUUCAGACAGAUCGCAGGCCACAAAAUAUCUCCCAGGACGGAUCCUCAUCAGUAGUGGAUUAUAGAGUUCAUGUCAUCUCUACAACAAACACCUCUUGUCAGGACAUUUCAAUUGGGAAUACCAUGUUUCAGGCUGUUUGCAGGCCACGAAGCAUCUCCCAAGGGAGAUGGGAAGGAUCUUCAUCAGGUGUAGAAGGUAGAGUUGUGGCCACCCGCACUGUUAGUGCUCCAGGUCAAGCUUUGCUGCAAAAAGUAACCAAAAACUCACAAGAUUUGCUUGUAGACCAGUCUGAUUCUUCUGCAGUAUGUGAAUUGAAUAGUGUGUUUUGGGAUAAUGAGCUGCAAAAUGGCACUCAACAACAACAACAAGAAGUUUAUGGACCACAGAUUGUGCCUGAGCAAGAGCAGAAGCAAAUGGCCACCCCAGUGAUGGAGCCCUGUCCAGUGAUUCUUCAAGCCUCUCCAAACAACCAGCAGGCUCAGAUGAGUGAAAAUGGAAGCCAGUCGAAUGUUGGCUUCUUCCCCUUUAAUGAUGAUGACAUGACCCAGGAUAGCAUUGUAGAGGAACUUGUACAAAUGGAAGAGCAGAUGAAAAUGAAUGAUAGUAUGCAAAAUUUUGGCAACUGUGUGGAUAUUACACUGCAAGGCCAACAACAAACCAUGCAGAGUACCAUGAUGUCCACCCGCCAAACCAACACUCUGUACUACAGCUCAGCUCAAAGCAGUAGCACUCCAAUCCAAACACCUACUCCAACUUCUGAGAUGAUGGGUACUGGCCAGGGAUUGAUGCAUGAAAGCCCCUGUUCACGCCUAUUGCCUACCACUCCUGUUGACAGUGCUCUUGGAAGUAGUCGCAAAACUCCUAUUGGCACUCCACACUCGAACUGCAGCAGUAGUGUCCCACCCAGCCCUGUGGAAUGCAGGAACCCGUUUGCAUUUACUCCAAUUAACUCCAGCAUCACUGGAUUCCAUGAUGGAAGCACUCUAGUUUCCUCUAGCCCUGUCAAGCCCAUGCAAAGACCAAUGGCAACACAUCCAGAUAAAACUAAACUGGAGUGGAUGAACAGUGGCUACAGUGCCAGUGGUGGGAACUCCAAUAAUUGCAUUAGCAUUUUGCCCAGCUACCAAGAUCUGGUGGAUGACCACUUUCGAAAGCCUCACGCCUUUGCCAUCCCUGGUCAGUCCUGUCAGUCGCAAUCCAGAAAUCACGAAACACAUAUCAGCCGCUUGACACCCAUUUCCCCUGUCCAGCAGCAAGUGGCAAGCAUGGCCAUCCUUAAUAAGCAGGAGGGUUUUGCUGUCCCAGCCCCUCUUGAUAACAAGGCCAGCACCUCCUCCUCAGGGUCAACUUUUCGUUGCCGCAGCGUUAGCCCAGCAGUCAGGCAGCGCAACUUAAGUGGGACCCAAACACCCAAUGUCCCUCGCUCUAUGGUCUCUCCAUUCAAUUCACCUGUGACACGUGAAGUGCUCAACAUCUUCACUAAUAGUGACACUAAUGCAAGCGUCAGCAGCAUGGCACAGAGGAGUCAGUCCGUUCCUCUCACCGUUAUGAUGCAGUCUGAGGUUCUACCAAUGCAAGUAGGCAGCCAGCAGAGUAAUACCAAAAAUAUCACCAACAUCCUCAUCAGCAAAAUGGAUAGUAAUGGAGAUGACUCUGUACGUGGCCUCGGCAUCAACAACAUGCCCUCAAACUACACUGCCCGCAUGAAUCUCACCCAAAUUCUGGAGACCACCACCAUGUCCAGCUUCCCUGGCAGUGCCAGCCACCAAGCUCUGAUCUCACCUCGUUCAUCAGCCUUUGAGUCCCAGAAGCCUGGUUACCUCAUUAAAAAUGCCAGGGUGCAGCCCAUGAGCUUCUCUUCAGAAGAAAGCAGAGCACAAUCAGCCUCAGGGGAGUACCAGCCACCACAGCAGCAGCAGCACUUAGGCAGGCGGCAGCUCCUUAGCCAGGAUCAGCAGAGUCAGGACAUGCUGUUGCCUCUACAGCAAAACCUCCAACAUCAGCACCAGCAAUGCUCGGAUUUAGACAGCACUGUUAAAGAUCUUCUAAAUGAGGAAGGCUUGAAUGCUGGCUCACAGCUUGUGGGCAAAGUAUCAGAACUCAGUGCUGGGGCUUCAGUGUUUCCCAGCGAUAUGCGACUAACCUCUGAGCUCUCCAGUUGCAUAAACGAUUUAAAUAAUUUGGACACCAACCUUCUUUUUGACCCCAGUCAACAGCAAGGACAAUAUGAAGACUCAACACUGGAAGAACUGAAGAAUGACCCACUUUUUCAACAGAUUUGCAGUGAGACUGUGAAUUCUGCUGGCUUUGACUGGUUGGAGAGCAAAGACCAGGCAACAGUGGAAAUGUUGGGUUAAUUUGUACUUUUGUAUUGUUUUAAUAUUUGGAAAUGUUUUUACGUAUGUAUUUUUGAAAUCUAAUCUAUAUCUGUAUUCACCUCAAUGUUGUGCAACACCCUACAGUAAGUCCCUGGAUAUCAUGACACAGGUCCAUAUUGAAGUGGCAAGCUGAACAAAAAUGUAUCUUUCAAGAAUGCUCAGCCUUUAUCAAAAUGGUGUGACAGUCUAAUUUGUCAUAUUUCCCCUUCUCUCCUGUACCAUUUUUACAAAGAAGACACGUCAGUUUUUAUGCCUCAAUAUCUUUUGUUUUGGACUUAAGAACACAUACUUGUGUUUGAGAUUUCACCAGCUGUAUGAGGUACUGUGCCUCAUUCAAUUAGCUUUUUCAAGUUGUUAACAUGAAAUCGGUGCUUCCAUUUGCAGAAAAGUGACAGCUUUGAACAAUUUGUUUUUAAAUAUCUGUAUUGUGCUUCAGUAAAUAAUACAGAUGGGUCUGACCCACUUAGGAAUAAUACGUGAAGUGCAAAAAGGGAAGAUCACAAGCUGUGUUAAGCUUUCAGGUGAUGCUUAAAGAAUUUCACAAUAUUGACUUAAAAUACAGCAGCUUAUACCUGCAGCAGCUCCUCUUAAAGUAAUAAUUAAUUGCACACCAAUGUCCAAUGUUAGAAUUUGCAAUAUAAACCCAGAAAUAAGAUAAAUGAUAUUUAAGCUUUAUUCUUAAUUAGUAUGUCAAUUAGGAAAAAUGCAUUUAUUUGCACAAAAUCAUUUUUUUAUGUUGGGUGGCUGCUUAAUGCUCAAAGUGAAUAAAUGAGUGCAUUUUUGGUUUGUAAAGUUCAAUGUUCUACUAAUUAACAAAAGUGAAAUCUAUAAAAAGAUAAAUAGUGACCCAAUGAGAGUGUGUUUAUGUGACAUACGCUUCCCUAUACUUCAGGUUUCCCCAACUUUAAGGGAAUGAUUUAAGGGGAUUAAUCAUAUUAUCCUCCAGAACAGGUUGGGUUUGAUUUAUACACAGUCACUGAAAACUAAUGGCACUGGUUAUUGCUCUAGCUGGCACCUUUUAUAUUCUAUUUGCAACAUGACUAUGGUUGAGGAAAGUUGUACAUUUCUUGUUUGGAAGUCGUGGAAUGAAAGUAUUAGAAGCAACAAUGGUGGUAAUAGCAACUGUUUAAACCAAAAGGCCGAAGUGGAGUUUAGUCAUGGAAAACAAACCUCCCCGUGGUUCUCGCUCUCAAUGGGACACGUGGUAAAUUGUGCGUGGAUUGCGGAGAGUAGCAUGAGCCUCCACAUGCGGAGUCUCCGCGGUGUCGUGGACAACGAGCCACGUGAUAAGAUGUGCGGAUUGAUUGUCUCAGAAGCAGAGGCAACUGAGACUUGUCCUCCGCCACCCGGAUUGAGGUGAGUAACCGCGUCACCAUGAGCACCUACUAAGUAGUGGGAAUUGGGCAUUCCAAAUUGGGAGAAAAGGGAAUAAAAUAUAUGAGCUCUGUGCUAAUUUCAAGAGACAGACCCUCUGCCAUUUUCUAUUCACAUUUAAUUCAAAAGGCCCAUUACUUUACCAUGUUGUAGGCUACUAAAGUACUUUGAUAAGUAUGCUUUCAAAACAUCAGAACGUAAGAUCCACUUUUUUGCUGAGUGUGGUAGUUACUGAAGUCCAUCUUAGCCUUACUUCCAUACCAAAGACCAGCUUUGAUAUUGAGAAAUAUUUUGAAGGAAUACCUUUUUAGUAUCAUCACCCUCAAAUUUAGGUCUCAUCCCAGCAUUUAAAAUACUUUAAUAUUUUCAGAAAUGUCACCCAUACAGGUUCAAAUUGGGGCCAAGAUUGGGGGUUGAGCAGGGAGACUAUUUUGUGAAUAAUUGAGUCAUUUGCAAAGCAUAAAACCACUGUAGCACUUAAACUUUAUUUCCAGAACAUGCCAUACUAAAUUGUCAUGGUAUACUUUGGUAAUCCUUUGUAGCAGGGCAAUUCUAAGGGGAUUAAUGCAGUGGACUAUUGAAGUUCCAUUUGUUUUGAUGCUCUGUAAAUAUGCCCCAUUUAUAAAAUAAAAAAGACACUAUACCAACUUGACUAAUAUUCAUAUUGAUAAUAUGACUGUGAUGAUAAUGGUCAAUGAACCCAUACAAAAGGGUCUUUUUUUUUUAUUAUUGAGCCAAUGAAUAUCUCUUGUAUAAAUAUAGUUUGUUUGAGUUUUCAUUUUCAAGCAUUUUGUCUUUGUUCACACUCUCUCGUGUUUAUUUUUAUUUGGGGGGGGGGGGGUUAAUAGCAUUUUGCCUUUUUGCAGCAGAAUGUGCUUUUGUGUGAGAAUAUAGCAUGGAUUUUAAAAUAUGUGUUGUGGUUUUAUAGUAACCAAUUGCAUAUCUUUUUGUUAUGGGCAGCGAUGUAACAGACAACACUGGAAAUGUAAUGACUGAAAAUUCACAAAAGCUAGUGGUUCAUUGUAUUGCACUAAUUUCUCUUAUGAAUUAAGGCUUUGAGAAUUCCAGUGCAAUACAUAAACCCCCAUUAUACUGUUUCGAAGAGGGGGGUAUUCAAGAGAUUCAUUUAAGUAAUGAAUGUCCUUGUGUUUUUGAGCCCUUUGUUCUUGAGUGAGAAGUUCUCACAUGUAAACAUGAGUGAAAGCAAUUAAACAGUUUAAUAACAAAUAUUUAAAGAAUCAAACUUUUAUUACAUUAUCGAUCAUUAUUGUGCAUUUGUUCACUGUACAUAAUUGCCAUGACUCUUUACCAUAACAGUAGUAUUUCUGUCCAUCAGAAGGAAAUUAACCAGUUAUUUGCAUUUAUAUAUAUAUAUAUAUAUAUAUAUAUACAUAUAUCGCUCAAUGACCUCUGUGUUCAGAUUCUAUUUAUUUUAUACAAUGUCUUCAAUGUGUUAUUUUUUCCUUCCUCUUAAAAUAUGUAUGUGAAAAUUUGUUGUUUUGAACAAGCACUACUGGAUUGACUUUAAUGAAGAGGCAGGCCAGAAUUGUGACUGUACCAUUCUCUGACCUGGUAGAGUUGACCUUUACCCUUUCUUUCCUACCUUUGCCAUUCCCCCAUGUUGUUAGUGUUUAUAGAAAGGCUCUUUAUGUAGUUUGAUAAAUUUGUUAUUAAAUUUCAGCAAGAUUUCUUCAUUCUUUUGUACUGAAUUGCUUACUGAUGUUGAGAUUUUUUGUGGUUUUAAAAACCAAUACACUUUUUGUAAAUUAUUGCAAAUGUUUGUCCUGUAGAUCAUUUUUGGGGGGGACACUCUGCUAGAAAUAAAAAAUAAGUUACUUGAGACCUUA